CGGUGUUCACAUCAUCAGACUCUGGUGUUUCUGCUCCUCGUCUCCACGUUCUCUGACAGGCUGGACGUCUCCUUAUCCAUGUCCCUCAGUGUCUCUGCCUCCAGGACCUAAAGCUCCUCUCAUGUCUUUGUGGACAUUUUGAUCCGUCAAUGAUUUUAUCUUCUGUCAGACACUGAAACUGUUUGAGUGACGGUUUAAGGGAGCUCAAGCAUCACCAUGAGCCGAGCCAGGACCUCAUCCCUGUUCACCCAUCAACUGCUUUUCCUGUUGACCAUCAUUUCCUCUGAACUUCCAUGUUCGGCAGCGGGAGGCUCUGCUGCGACCCUCCAGUCCAACAGCACGGGCAGCAACCGCACCAAAUGUGGCGGGAGCACAACCUGCAUAGAGGGAGUUAUCCUGCCGGUGUGGAAGCCAGACAACCCGACCUUCACCGACCGCAUCGCCAGAGCCACCAUCUACUUUGUGGGGUUGGCGUACAUGUUCCUGGGUGUCUCCAUCAUCGCUGACCGCUUCAUGGCGUCCAUCGAGGUCAUCACCUCCCAAGAGAGACAGAUCACCAUCAAGAAACCAAAUGGCGAGAAGAUCACCACAACGGUGCGCAUCUGGAACGAGACGGUGUCCAACCUGACACUGAUGGCUCUGGGUUCCUCCGCCCCAGAAAUCCUCCUGUCAGUCGUGGAGGUCUGCGGUCACAACUUUGACGCCGGUGAGCUGGGCCCCAACACCAUCGUAGGAAGUGCCGCCUUCAACAUGUUUGUCAUCAUCGGCCUUUGUGUGUCCGUCAUUCCUGACGGACAGACCAGGAGAGUGAAGCACCUCCGGGUGUUCUUCGUCACUGCUACCUGGAGCGUCUUUGCGUACAUCUGGCUCUACCUGAUCCUGGCCGUCAUCUCCCCAGGUGUUGUUGAGAUAUGGGAGGGGCUUCUCACGCUCUUCUUCUUCCCCAUUUGUGUUGGGUUUGCUUAUGUGGCCGACCGUAGGCUCCUCUUUUACAAAUACAUGUACAAACGAUACAGAGCAGGGAAACGGAAAGGAGUGAUCAUCGAAACCGAGGGAGAACCAGAGCUUCCCUCAAAGGUCGACAUUGAAAUGGACGGCAAAAUGCUCAACUCCCGCGGAGAGGAGUUCCUGGACGGAGAGACAGGUUUUGGUGUGAAGGAGCUGGACGAGGAGGAGGCCCGCAGAGAGGUGGCCAGGAUCCUGAAGGAGCUGAAACAGAAACAUCCAGAGAAGGAGACGGAGCAGUUGAUGGAGCUUGCUAAUUAUCAGGUUUUAACCCAGCAACAGAAGAGUCGGGCUUUCUACCGCUGUCAGGCAACCAGGAUCAUGACGGGAGCAGGCAACAUCCUGAAGAAGCACGCCGCUGACCAGGCCAAGAGGGCCGCCCAGCACGACAUCUGCUCCGAGGUUUCACUGAACGAUUUUUCCUCCAAGGUUUUCUUUGACCCUGGUACUUACCAGUGUCUGGAGAACUGUGGCAGCGUGGCACUGAACAUGGUGCGUCGAGGUGGAGACCUAACGAGCACAGUCUCAGUGGAUUACCGGACUGAAGACGGCACUGCUAACGCCGGCUCGGACUACAGGUUCACUGAAGGAACUAUCGUCUUCAAGCCAGGCGAGACUGAAAAGGAAAUCCGCAUUGACAUUAUCGACGAUGAUAUUUUUGAGGAAGAUGAGCAUUUCCUGGUUCACCUCAGCAAUGUGAAGGUCAUAUCAGAGGGCGCCGGCUCAGACGGACACGAGGCGAACCACGUGGAUGCUCUCGCAGGUUUAGGUCUCCCGUGCACGGCCACUGUCACCAUCUUCGACGACGACCACGCAGGGAUCUUUACGUUCGAGGAGCCGGUGGUGACCGUGAGCGAGAGCAUCGGGGUGAUGGAGGUGAAGGUGGUCCGCACCUCGGGGGCUCGCGGUGUUGUGGUGGUGCCGUACAAAACCAUGGAGGGGACGGCUAAAGGAGGCGGUGAGGACUUUGAGGACACACAUGGAGUCCUGGAGUUUGAGAAUGAUGAGAUCUCCAAAACGAUUCAGAUCAAUAUAAUCGAUGAUGAAGAGUAUGAGAAAAACAAGAACUUCUUCCUGGAGAUGGGCGAGCCUCGGCUGCUGGAGAUGAGUGAGAGGAAAGCUCUGUUGCUUCAGGAAGUCGGUGGAUUCGUCAGGACAGGUAGAGACGUCUACAGGAAAGUCCAGGGACGGGACCAUCCCGCCCCCUCUGCCAUCAUCAACAUCACAGAGGAGGGGGGUGAGGAGGUUCUGACCAAGAAGGAGGAGGAGGAGAGGCGUAUUGCGGAGAUGGGCCGACCGACGCUGGGCGAACACGUCAGACUGGAGGUCAUCGUGGAGGAGUCGUACGAGUUCAAGAGCACCGUAGAUAAACUCAUUAAGAAGACCAACCUUGCUGUGCUGAUCGGGACCAAUAGCUGGAGGGAGCAGUUUGUGGAGGCCAUCACAGUCAGCUCAGGUGAUGAUGAUGAUGAUGAAUGUGGCCAGGAGAAGCUGCCCUCCUGUUUUGACUACGUCAUGCACUUCCUCACCGUCUUCUGGAAGCUUCUCUUCGCCUUUGUCCCGCCCACCGACUACUGGAACGGCUGGGCCUGCUUCGUCGUCUCCAUCUCCGUCAUUGGUCUCCUGACGGCGGUGAUCGGCGACCUGGCGUCUCACUUUGGCUGCACCGUCGGUCUCAAAGACUCCGUCACUGCUGUGGUGUUUGUAGCUCUGGGCACUUCUGUACCAGACACAUUUGCCAGUAAGGUGGCGGCCAUCCAGGACCAGUACGCCGACGCCUCCAUUGGCAACGUGACGGGAAGUAAUGCUGUCAACGUCUUCCUGGGGAUUGGCGUGGCGUGGUCCAUUGCUGCCAUCUACCACUACUCCGAGGGCAAGGAGUUCAGGGUCAACCCUGGUACGCUUGCUUUCUCCGUGACGCUCUUCACCAUCUUCGCCUUUAUCUGUAUAGCUGUCCUCAUCUACCGCCGGCGGCCAGAGAUCGGCGGGGAGCUCGGCGGCCCCCGGGUCCCUAAAGUCCUCACCACCAGUUUGUUCUUCAGCCUGUGGUUGAUGUACAUCGUGUUCUCCUCGCUGGAAGCCUACUGCCAUGUAGAGGGCUUCUAAGAGUUCUGCUUCCAAUGGGUUCCAAGAGGUUCUAACACAACUGAUGAACAGUUCUGAUGGAUUUCCAAAGGUUCCAACAGGUUCCUGCGGAUUCUGACAGGUUCCUAUAAUUUCUGUUAUUUGUCUAAAGGUUGUAAGAUUGGUCUAUUCCUUAAGGUUCUAGAGGAAUUGUAAUUUAAUUCAGGUGUCUGUGUUUUGCUGAUGUGGUUUAUAAACACAGAUAAAUACAUAUUCUGAUGGACUCUGUCUUUUUAUGUUCUUUAAAGACCUGACAGGUUGAAAACAUCUUUGAGGUUUGAAGAAAUCCUUGAGGUUCCUGAACGAUUCUGUAGGUUCUUGAUGUAUUUCUAAAGUUUCCUGAAGGUUCCUUUCAUUUGUGAUAGGUUCCUAUAAUUUCUGUUAUUUGUCUAAAACUCUGGAUAGACUUGUCAUGGUUAUAAAAGCUUCCUGACUAUCGUGGAUUUCUAAAGGUUUAAACAGGUUCCUGUGAUCUGUGUAAGGCUUUGGACAAACAUUAGCUCCUGACAGGUUCCUUGUUCCGUCUUACUCGCUGGUUUCCUAAAGGUUCUGAUGGACACGUAACAGUUCUACCAAUAUUUGGCUAAACAUUUUGAUGAACAUAUAUUCUAACUGUACAGUUCUUUUAGGUUCUAUAUGGGUCCAACAGGUUCAGAACAUCUUUGAUAGGUCUCUAACGGUCCCAAAGGUUUUGAACAGAUCUCCAAAGACUCUUGGGGAAACCUCAGAACCCCUGAACCUUUACUUCGUCUUCCUCUGGUGAGUAACAUCGAUCUGUUCUCUGGCUGCUGAGUGCUGGCGACUUCCAGGACUCGACGAUCUUCAUCCUCACAUACCUCCCGAACAUUUACAGACCUGCAUUGUGACUCCUUCACCUGUACCUUUAAGAAAUGUGUAACAUAAAGCAUUUUCAUUUGGACCUGCAUGGCCUUUGAAACCACAGCAGUGACCAGCGUCUGUGGAGACGAAGGAGGCAGCUCAGGCUGUAGACUUGCAGUGAUAGUGUUGCACCUUCAUGAAUAUCUGCACUGAGUUUGAAAUAUAGUUAAUGAGAAUAAAGGAAGUGCAGCAGGUUUCAGAGUCUGGUGUCGGCUGAACAGAGACCAUGAACUCUGGUUGGACCUGAUCUGCUGCAGCAGUGAAACUGUAAUGAUGUGUAUGUUUGUGUGUGAGCUCAUAUGUAACCUCAAAGAGUUCAGUCCCCGAUGGUCUGCGGUGUGAUUGGUUGUUUGGAAACAGCAGCCGUCUGCCUAUUGGAGGAUGUAAACAGAGGAGUUGUUGCUUAUUGUCUGACUUCAGAAUGCAGUGUCUUUCCUUCAACUAUUAAAGUACA